AUGAUCUCCAUGCUGUCAAACUCCUCUGCAAAUAUGACUUUUGUUCGUCCUGCAACAUUUUUUAUUAAUGGAUUUUUUAAUAUCCCACAUGCAAAAUACUACUAUGUGUUCUUGUCUAUAGUGUAUGUUGUAACUGUUUUAGGGAAUUCAUUUAUCAUGUGUAUCAUUUAUGUGGCCCGCAGGCUUCACACAGCUAAAUACAUUGGUGUUUUCCAUCUGGCCCUUUGUGAUCUGUGUGGAAGCUCAGCUUUGAUUCCAAAAGUCAUUGACACAUUUUUAUUCGAGCACCAGGACAUUGCAUAUGAAGCAUGUUUAGCAUAUAUGUUUUUUGUAUUUCAUUUCAUGAAUCUGCAGUCUUUGACACUACUUGUCUUGGCUUAUGACAGACUAGUUGCUAUUUGUUUUCCUCUACAGUAUCAUGUCAUUGUAACAAAACCAGCCAUGCUUCUGAUCAUAGGGCUGAUGUGGAGUUUUUCUAUGAUAUUUUUUUCUGUGUUUGUAGGUUUGGUAAAUAGUCUCUCCUUUUGUGGAUCUAAUGUGCUUGAUAGUUAUUUUUGUGAUUAUCGCCCUGUCUAUAGACUAGCCUGUAAUGAUAAUUCUAUGACUAUUUUGAUGGGGAAAAUAGGCAAUAGUCUUCUUAUUUUCAUGCCACUGAUAUUGAUCUUCUUUUCAUAUUUCUGCAUUGCUCUGGCUCUGCUUAAGAUUGCUCAUGGUGCUGACCGGCUCAAAGCCAUAAAAACCUGCACCUCACAUCUCAUGUUGGUGGUAGUUUUUUAUAUUCCAAUUUUAAGCAAUAAUAUUGCAUCUCUAACAACACCUUUUGAUCCGGACACCCGGAUAAUUAACAAUUCCCUGACACAGACAAUACCACCUAUGCUGAAUCCCAUCAUAUACACUCUAAAAACAGAGGAGGUCAUGCAAUCCAUAAAAGAACUGUAUAAACGACGCAAAGUGAACACUGCUAGAGAAAGUAAAAUAAAAUGCAGAAGAAAUAAAUUGCAUAAUUGCAAAUUACAGGUUUAA